GCGGGCGGCCCUCAGCGGCACCGGCGGCACCGGGCGGCCCGAGCGGGCCCGGAGCGGCACCGGAGCGGCCCUGGAGCCGCCAUGGCGCUGGCGCUGAAGAUGCUGCCCUGCAAGAAGCGCAGAGCGGCGGCGGCGGGGCCGCCCAGCCCGCGGGAGCGCGGGGAGGACGCGGAGCUGCCCGAUGGAGGCGGCUCCGCCAGGCCCGCGGGGAGAGGGCCCGGGGAGGCCUCGCCGAAGAGCGGGAGGAAAACCCCCGGCAGAGCGGCCCCGAGCCCCGGGCAGGAGCCGCCCGCGGGGCCCGGCAGCCCGGCGGCGGCGGAAGGGAAAAUCCCCAAGCUGUACACAGAGGUGGAAGUGAGCUCUCAGAGGGAUCUGUAUCCAGGUGAAAACCCUGCUGCAGUGCCAGAGUCUCCAGGGAGAAGCUCCCUGCAGGUUUCUGCUGCCAGAAAUCCCACCACCAUGAAGCCACCAAAGAGCUCCAGAGCUGAGGAGCAGGACGGGGAGGACGUGGAGAGGAGGAAGAGGAGGAGGAAGGCAACCAAACGCAAGAGAGAAGGGAAAAGCCAGGAAGAAGAGGGCUCCUUGUCCUGCGACAUCAAACUGGACGAGUCCCUGGACCGCACCCUGGAGGACGGAGCCAAGCAGCACAACCUGACCGUGGUCAACGUCAGGAACAUCCUGCACGAGGUGAUCACAAAUGAACACGUGGUGGCCAUGGUGAAAGCAGCCAUCAGUGAGACAGAAGAUAUUCCUUUGUUUGAGCCCAAAAUGACUCGUUCCAAGCUGAAGGAGGUGGUGGAGAAAGGAGGGGUGAUUCCAACAUGGAAUAUUUCUCCAAUUAAGAAGGCAAACGAGGUGAAGCCCCCUCAGUUUGUGGACAUCCCCCUGGAGGAAGAUGAUUCCUCUGAUGAAGAAUACCAGCCUGAUGAUGAAGAGGAGGAUGAGACUGCAGAAGAGAGCUUGCUGGAGAGCGACGUGGAGAGCACAGCUUCUUCUCCUCGUGGAGCCAAGAGGUCCAGGACCAGGCGUUCCUCUGAUGAGGAGGGAGGGACCCUCUGUGAGCAGGAGAAGGUCACCCCGCCUGUUGUUAGACACAUCAGUGCAGAAGUGGUUCCCAUGGGACCCCCACCACCCCCCAAGCCCCCGCAGAGCAAGGACAGCACCUUCAUGGAGAAGCUGCACGCCGUGGAUGAGGAGCUGGCCUCCAGCCCUGUCUGCAUGGACUCCUACCAGCCCCUGGAGGACAGCCUGAUUGCCUUCAGGACCCGCUCCAAGAGGCCCCUGAAGGACGUGCCCCUGGGGCAGCUGGAGGCCGAGCUGCGCGCGCCUGACAUCACCCCCGACAUGUACGAGCCCAGCGCGGGCGACGACGAGCACUGGGCCAGGUGGCUCAGGGGGCUCAUGGAUGAUGAUGUGGACAACGAAGAUGAAGCUGAUGAUGAUGAUGACCCUGAGUACAAUUUCCUGGAAGAUCUGGAUGAGCCAGACACUGAAGAUUUCAGGAAUGACCGUGCUGUGAGGAUCACCAAAAAGGAAGUGACUGAGCUGAUGGAGGAGCUGUUUGAGACAUUCCAGGGUGAGAUGGGUUUCUCCAGCAUGAAAGAGGAAAGGCCAGAAGAUGAAGAUGCUGUUACAGAACCUCGGCCAAAUUUUAACACCCCCCAGGCCCUCAGAUUUGAGGAGCCUCUGGCCAAUCUGCUGAACAAGCAGCACCAGACAGUGAAGGAGCAGCUGGAGCAGCUGAGAAUUAAAAAAUCUUCAAUCAAAGCCCCCCAGGAGGCUGAAAAAUCCAAAUCCCAAAAUGAAAAACCCCUGCAGAGCCUUGUCCUGGACAGUGCCCAAAGGAAGAGGCUCCAGCAGCAAAUGCAGCAGCACGUCCAGCUCCUGACUCAAAUCCAUCUCCUGGCAAGCUUCAACCCUGCUCUGAGUUCAGAGGCCAACACCACCCAGAUGUUUUUGAGCGAGCUGGGCAGCUUUGCCUGCAGCUCCACCCUGCACCAGGCGCCCCAGAACCCCAGGUUCCAGACCAUGUUCCAGCCCUGCAACCUGCAGGGGGCCCUGCAGCUCCUGCAGGAUUUCCAUGCCCGGGUGCCCGUGGACUGCAGCCCGAGGAAGGCUGUGAAGAGUGCAAACGAAUUCUGCUGUUUGCCAAAGCAAGUGGCCUGGAUUUUGGCAACCAGGAAGGUCUUCAUGUACCCAGAGCUGCUGCCCAUCUGUGCCUUGAGAGCAAACCCUCCCCGAGACAAGAUUGUCUUCACCAAGGCAGAGGACAACUUGCUGGCUUUAGGGCUGAAGCAUUUUGAAGGGACGGAGUUCCCCAAGCCUCUGAUCAGCAAAUAUCUGCUGCCCACCAAAACUGCCCAUCAGCUGGCAGUGAGGAUCAAGAACCUGACCAUGAACAGGGCCCCUGACAACAUCAUCAGGUUCUACAAGAAGACGAAGCAGCUGCCGGUGCUGGUCAAGUGCUGUGAGGAAAUCCAGCCCCACGAGUGGAGAGCUCCAGUGGACAGGGAGGAGCAUUGCCUGCCCUUCUGGCUGAAGGCAAGCUUGCCCUCCAUCCAGGAAGAGCUGAAGCAGCUGGCAGAAGAUGCCAAGGAGACAGCAGCUUCAGCUGAUGGAGAACCUGCCCUUUUGGGGCCAGAAAAGGAGACUCCGGGCAGGGCAGGAGAUGACAAAUACCCUCUGCUGAUGCCCAAGGGGCUCGUGCUCACCCUGAAACCUUUGGGCAACCGCUUCUCCAGGAGGGCCUGGAGGAGACAGAGGUCUUCAGCUCUGAAGCCUGUCCUGAUUCGUCCCAGUCCCUGCGUGCAGCCCAGCUCCAGCCCCCUGAGUGUCCCAAAAGCUCAGAAGCUGUCCCAGGCAGAGGCUGCCCCCGGCAGGGCGCGGCUCCGCGUGCCUCGGCCCAUCCAGCCCGCGCCGCCGCCCCUCGGCGUGCCGGCCGUGCUGCCGGCUGGGGAUGCCUUGGACUUCCAGAGCGUUCUUCCCACCGGCCAGCCGAGCUCCAGACAAGCCUUCCCAGCUGCUGUAGCCCCAGCUCUGGUGCCCUCAGAGCAGGUGGCUUUCCAGCCCAAGCUGAUGCUGCCGACGGCGGCCGGCGUGAAGGCGCGCAAGCCGUGCGUGCGGAAGGGCUACCAGAGGAAAAAAGGGACAAGGUGUGCCCCGGUGAUCAAACCUUCCCCUCUGAUCCAGCCCUCCCCCGUCAUCCUGACCGUCCCUGCCACCACGGUGAAGGUGCUGAACAUCGGCAAUGGCUGCAACAUGAUCCAGCCCCUGAACACGGCCGUGGCCCGGGGCGCUCAGGCCAUCCCUGUCACCACGCUGCUGGUGAACCCCUCCACCUUCCCCUGCCCCCUGAGCCAGCCCCUGGUGACCUCUUCCAUCCCGUCCCUGAUUGUCUCUCCCAGCCCCGUUGGUCUGGCCGCUCCCGCCGGGGGUGAAGGGGAGGAGCAGCUGACCCUGCUCCCUGCUCCGCCGGCUUUUCCCAAGGUGGAGCCCAAGGCGGAGCCCCCGGAGCUCUUUGUGCCCUGCUCCAGCCUGUCCCCAAAGGAGGAGAGUGGCACGAGCCCUGCCCUUGGGGACACCGGGGACAAGGGCAACGAGGGUGACUGCUGCAGCUGGGCGCUGGCAGAGGGGGAUGGCGGCGCAGCAGAGCCUUUGCCGGUGGUGGAGCUCUUGCCUCACGUGGAAGGCCCUGAUGAAUCGGUGGAAAUCAAGUCUGAAGAUUCAGGUGAUGCUCCCAAAGAAGCCGGCGUGGCGCAGAAAAGAGAUCUUUUGUGUGCUGAAAGGAAGGAGGAGUUCCUGCUGGGCCUCGGCCAGGAGCUGAGCGUGGAGGCCGCGUGUUCCUGCGGGGAUGAGCCCAGGAAGGAGCACCGCGAGGAGAAGGGAGAGGAGGAGCGCCAGGCUGUGCCCUCCCCUCCCCAGGGGGAGCCCCCAGGCUCCCCAAAACCCCUGCCGUACCCAGCCGAGAGGGAGGCAGAGUUCAGCAGCCCCCCAGGGAGGCCAGAGGACUCCUCCAGCAUCGACGGGCAGUCCGUGGGGACCCCAGCUGGCCCCGAGGCUGCCGGGGACAGGGAGGGGCAGGAGGAGGAGGAGGAGGAUGAUUUUGACUAUUUCACACAAGAUGAGGAUGAGGAGAUGUCGUCGGCUUCAGAAGAGUCCGUUCUGUCAGUGCCAGAGCUGCAGGAGACCAUGGAGAAGCUGACGUGGCUGGCGGCCGAGCGCCGCCUGAGCCAGGAGGGAGACUCGGAGGAGGAGAACUCGCAGGAGGAGAACUCCGAGGAGGAGGAGGAGGAGGAAGGAGAGAGCCUGAAAGCCCCGGGGAGGAGCAGGGGCUCGCACAGGACCAGGAGCAAGAGGGGCAGAGCUCGUGGCAGCAAGGACAGCUCCAAGCUGCUGCUGCUCUACGACGAGGACAUCCUGGAGAGGGAUCCCCUGCGGGAGCAGAAGGACCUGGCCUUUGCCCAGGCCUACCUCACCAGGGUCCGUGAGACCCUGCAGCACAUCCCGGGCAAAUACGAAGAUUUCCUUCGCGUCAUCUACGAGUUCGAGGUGGGCGCGGACGCGCGGACGGCCGUGGAUCUCUACUGCACCCUGCAGCAGCUGCUGCACGACUGGCCACAGCUGCUGACAGAUUUUGCAGCUUUCCUUCUGCCAGAGCAAGCCUUGGAGUGCGGGCUGUUUGAGGAGCAGCAAGCCUUUGAGAAGAGCAGGAAGUUCCUCAGGCAGCUGGAGAUCUGCUUUGCUGAAAAUCCUGCCCACCACCAAAAGAUCAUCAAAGUCCUGCAGAGCUGUGCAGACUGUGUGCCCCAGGAGAUUGCAGAGCUGAAGGCCCAGGUGUGGCAGCUCCUGAAGGGCCACGACCACCUGCAGGAUGAGUUCUCGGUUUUCUUCGACCACCUGAGGCCCUGCGCCAGCCGCAUGGGAGACUUCGAGGAGAUCAACUGGACGGAAGAGAAGGACUACGAGUUUGAUGGCUUCGAGGAGGUGUCUCUGCCAGAUGUGGAGGAGGAGGAUGAGCCACCCAAAAUCCACGGAGCCACCAGGAACAAGAGGAGGAAGGAGAUGGGAGGCCAGCAGCACGACAAGGAGGCCGAGUGGGCCGAGGGGCUGAAGGAGCUGAAGGAACUCUCGUGCUCGUGCUCGUGCCGCGAGGGCGGCAGCGAGCUGAGGCUGAGGAAGGGCAAGAGGAGGAGCUGCAGCCACUGCGGGAGCAAGGUCAGCGGGGCUGGGGACCCCCCGGGACCCCCCGGGACCCCCAGAGCCUGGGGACCCUCCCGGGAUCCCCCGAAACCCUGGGGACCCCCAGAGUGUGUGACUGUGCCGUGCUGUGCAGUGUGUGACUGUGCCAUGCAGGGUCCCAGGAGGGCAGGCAGCCGUGCAGCAGCCCCUGUGCCCAGCCUGCCCCUGCUGCUGCUGCCCGGCUUCCGGAAGCCGCAGCACAGAGGCUGCACUGGGGCUGCUCCUGAGGGCAGGCCCAGGACAGAUAGCAGCAGCAGCAGCAGCAGCUCCCUGCUGCAGCCCCCUGCGCAGCUGCAGCCCCGCGCCCCGCGGCACAGGGAGGAGGAGCAGCAGCAGCAGCGGGUGACAGAGGCCACCGUGUGUGCCAAGAACAGCAAGGUCAGCUCCACCGGGGAGAAGGUUGUGCUCUGGACCAGGGAGGCUGACAGAGUCAUCCUCACCACGUGCCAGGAGAAGGGAGCCCAGCUGGACACCUUCCAGGCCAUCUCCCAGAAACUGGGCAACAAGACAGCCAGUGAGGUGUCCCACAGGUUCAGGGAGCUGAUGAGGCUGUUCCACACCUCCUGUGACGGCAGCUCUGAGGAUGAGGAGGAUGCCACCAGCACCAGUAACACAGACCAGCUGUCAGAUAAAGAUCUGCUGCUCUCUGAGGAAGAGCCUGAUGACUGAGGUGAUCUCACUGCACCAGAAGAGGGUUUUUUUGCUUUUUUUUUUGCUGCUAGACAGGUGCUGUGGAAAAAAAUGUUUGCACAGGUACUUGAGACAGCACCUUCAUUUUUGGUUCAAUUUCCAGCCUGUACCAAGCCAAAGGCAGGAAGUAAAAGGAGAAAAUUGUCAAGAACUCCCCUGGGGAGCUUCAGCAGUGGAGUAACAGGACUUGUGGACACUGACC